GAGCGGAAGUUCCCGGGCGGCGCGCGCGACCCGGCGGGAUCGGGCCGGGGCUCUGGGCGGCGGCGGCGGCGGCGGCGCGGGGGUCGGGUCCGCCCGGCGGGCCGCAGGCGGGGGGCGCGCGGCCAUGACCCUGGAGCGGCUGCGGAAGCGCGUCCGGCAGUACCUGGACCAGCAACAGUAUCAGAGUGCUCUAUUUUGGGCAGAUAAAGUAGCUUCACUCUCUCAUGAGGAACCCCAGGACAUUUACUGGUUGGCUCAGUGUCUUUACCUGACAGCCCAAUAUCAUAGAGCAGCUCAUGCACUUCGGUCACGAAAACUGGACAAAUUGUAUGAAGCGUGUCGCUACCUCGCAGCUAGAUGCCACUUUGCUGCGAAAGAGCAUCAGCAGGCUCUCGAUGUUCUCGACAUGGAGGAGCCGAUCAACAAAAGGCUGUUUGAGAAAUGCUCGAAGGAUGACAGCAGCUUGAGAGACCCCUCCAGUGACUGGGAAAUGUCACAGUCCUCAAUAAAGAGUUCUAUUUGUCUUUUACGAGGAAAAAUCUAUGACGCUCUAGAUAACCGAACCCUUGCUACCUACAGCUAUAAAGAAGCUUUGAAGCUUGACGUCUACUGCUUUGAAGCAUUUGAUCUUUUAACGUCACACCACAUGUUGACAGCCCAAGAAGAAAAAGAACUUCUUGAAUCACUACCUCUUAGCAAGCUCUGUAUUGAAGAACAGGAAUUGCUGCGUUUUCUAUUUGAAAACAAAUUGAAAAAGUAUAAUAAGCCUAGUGAAACUGUCAUCCCCGAGUCUGUGGAUGGUUUGCAAGAGAAUCUGGAUGUGGUGGUGUCUUUAGCUGAAAGACAUUAUUAUAACUGUGAUUUUAAAAUGUGCUACAAGUUGACUUCUGUAGUAAUGGAAAAAGACCCUUUCCAUGCAAAUUGUUUACCUGUACAUAUAGGGACACUUGUGGAGCUGAAUAAAGCAAACGAACUUUUCUAUCUUUCUCAUAAAUUGGUGGACUUAUAUCCUAGUAAUCCUGUGUCUUGGUUUGCAGUGGGAUGCUAUUAUCUCAUGGUUGGUCAUAAAAAUGAACACGCCAGAAGAUAUCUCAGCAAAGCUACGACGCUGGAGAAGACCUACGGGCCAGCGUGGAUCGCAUACGGGCAUUCGUUCGCAGUUGAGAGUGAACAUGACCAAGCCAUGGCCGCUUACUUCACAGCAGCACAGCUGAUGAAAGGGUGUCAUUUGCCGAUGCUUUAUAUUGGAUUAGAAUAUGGAUUGACCAAUAACUCAAAAUUGGCUGAAAGAUUCUUUGGCCAAGCUCUAAGCAUCGCACCAGAAGAUCCUUUUGUUAUGCAUGAGGUUGGCGUGGUUGCAUUUCAAAAUGGAGAAUGGAAAACAGCGGAAAAAUGGUUUCUCGAUGCUUUGGAAAAAAUUAAAGCAAUUGGGAAUGAGGUUACAGUUGACAAAUGGGAACCUUUGUUGAACAACUUGGGCCAUGUCUGCAGAAAACUUAAAAAGUACGCCGAGGCCUUGGACUACCACCGGCAGGCCCUGGUGCUGAUUCCGCAGAACGCGUCCACUUAUUCCGCCAUAGGCUACAUCCACAGCCUGAUGGGCAACUUUGAAAACGCUGUGGACUAUUUCCACACAAGAAAAGUACGUCAGUGUUGUGUAGUGCUCAUCCCAUUAGAACAGAUGUGAGCCUUGUCCUGAGUGCCAGUGAGACACACAAGUGUCCAGGAGUGUUUGUCAGCGCAGCUGAGCUGGGUGUACGUCUAGGGAGCCCUUUGGGAACUCCAGUCUUUCUAUUUAUGACUUAAAAGUAAUUCCCUUAGAUCAUGUUAAUAGAUGAACAACAUCUCUGCAUUUGUCACUGGGAAAGAAUCUCUCCUUUAUCCACAUGCAGUAUUUCAUCAAAUCCAAGCCACCGUUAGUAAGACAACCACACAAAAAAUAUGCCGCCGUUUAAAUUUUAACAUAAAUCUUUCUUUUCACUCAGUUUUUUAGUACUUAGAAAAGGUUCUCUUUUGGACAUUUUAGGACAUAGGUUUUUAUCAGUGAACUCUAUACUACCUACAUAAAAAAAGAAGAUAUAGGUGAAGUAAAUAGUUAAGAUAUUCAGUUCUACACAUUAAGAGUUUGGUUCUUCAAAAUCACUUUUGUAUCAGGUGGUCAGUAUUUCUUGUUUUUCCAAAAUUGUGUCUGUGUGCCAGUACACGUGCCCCCUCCUCACUCAGGUCCCUGCCAGCCAGAGGCAUUGGUUCUGCCAGAAGGCAUCACCGGGAGGUUUUAGACAGCAGCCACGACUCAGAUGCGGCCCUUCAGGUGGCCUGUGGUCUUGUCUGUGCCAUUGAUGUGGCUCCCAAGUCCACACUGCUGACACGGGGCCCUCAUCGAGGCUGCGACCAGCUUGUUGAAAGACUUCCCAAGUUCAGAAAUGCUAGAAUUUGAAAAAAUGUGGGUCUUAGAGUUGAUGAAAUAGCUGUAUUUGGAGAAAGAGAUAAAAUAUGAAAAAAAUGCAGUGUUUCAAAGAUAACAUUUGUGAGUGAUAGAUUCAUAACUGAUUUUCAAGGGUUGGUUAGAGAUUUUCAGGGAAAAUGAAGUCCUGAAGUACCACUGUGUUAACCAGAAUAUUUUCUGAGCAGGCAGAAGUGUGGACUAAGCAAGUUUUGUAGUUUUUGUGAUCUUUCAAAUGUCUAUAUUUGAAUAUUGUAAUAUUUAUUUCUAUGAUUUAAUUAAUGCAGAGGGCUUGGAGGACUUUUUGUGGAGAUACAAUUUUUAAAAUCUUUUUCGAGGGGGGAUUUCAAACAUAAAAAAUAGAAUAGUGUAACCACUCUCCAUGUGUCCAUCACCCAGUGUCAGCAUCAUCAACUCUGGGCCACUCGUGUUAGGAGUAUCCCCACUAACAGCCCCCUCUACCCCGGGUUCCCCGGAGUCUGUAGCAGUGAGUCCUGUGGGAAUGUUUUAAACCAAGGGGAAGGAGAGACAUUCACUUGUAGUGACCGUGCUGAAUCUUU